CUGUUCAUAAACGUUUUACGUAUUUUCUUAUCUAAGUUGAAUGUACCAUCUUGAACCCAUCCGCUCCUCCAAAUGCUUUUGCUGAUUCAAUUUAAGCGAACGAAAUUGAAAAGCGUUUUUGGACUAGACAUGGGUCCACAAAGUGCUCCAAUUUUGGCAAUUGGUUCGUUUUGAUAUCUUCGAUGUUAUCAAUUGAGCUGUUAAUUGAACGUGAUGGCCUCCGCGCAUGCGCUCUGAAACAAAUGGCUCCGGAAUUGGGGAACUGUUAACGGCUAAGAGUAAAAAACCCAGACCCCAUCGAGCCAACCUUGUCAACUCGGCCGCUCAGUUGUCGCUCGCACACGCGAUCGCCCGGUUGACAAUUUCAGGGCCCUCCGCCGUUUCAUUGCCCAUAAUUUUCCGACCAGCUUUGCGUGGUAAUCAAGUGGAAACUCGGUGGAAAAUUUUCUCUUCUUCGACAAAAAGCCAAAGUCAACACACAGAAGAGCGAUUUUCUUUAAGCACGCCAUCAGCUUAAUGCAUUUCUAAUUACCAGUUUUUCCCCUGUGACGCCGAUAAAACACUUUCUCUUCUCUUUACGCUGGCCCAUUUCUGAGCGCAUAUUAACUCGUCUCAUCGAUCAAAAGUGCGUGGGCGCGUUUUUUUUGGUUUUGAAACGAAAAUUUGUUGUGAAAACAAAACUAAAACCUUGGUCCCUUUUGCGCUGGCCAAAACAAUGCGAUCUGACUGCAUUCCAAAAAUCAAAGCGUACGAAACUGCAGUCCAAAGUUACAUUUUGACUAGUUGGUUGGCGAUUUUUGAGCCCGAAAAGUGAACCUGCAGUCAGAAUGGCCUGCCUGUCGGACAUUGAUUUGGCCACCUUGCAUGAGAAUCGCUUGGAGCAGCGGUGGCACUACGGAUUGCCCAACAGCCAGCAUAUAUAUCAGCACCACCACGACGGCUUCAGUCUGAUGACCCGUCACUGUCUGGGGCGGAAUCUCCAGAGGAAGCUGCAGCCGGACCUCAAAGGGAGUAGUCUGGAGCGGGAACGGGGCCGGGCCCGAGAUAAUGCCAAUGGCAAUGGAUCGGCGUCAGGUGGGAAGCGCAGACGCUCCGGCACCUGGCCGCGCACUCGCAGCUUAAAUGCCCCCUCGCCUGUCCAGCAAUUCGGACCAUGUGGACGCAUAAUGAAAAACUCAGCCAUGAUCAUGCAGAUCCAGGAUCCGGCUAGUCAGCGCUUAACAUGGUACAAGCCACCGCUCACUGUUCUGGUUAUCAAAAAGGUCAGCGAUGCCUCGGUACUGGCGCCCUUUGUCCAAUUGGUCGACUGGUUGCUGCAGGAGAAGAACAUGGUGGUCUGGGUGGAGUCGGCUGUGCUGGAGGAUGCUCUGCUCAACGAGGAUGUGCGGUUCAAGGCCAUUCGUGAUAAGCUGGUGACAUUCAAAGAUGGCCGAGAUGACCUGACCGAUCGGAUAGACUUUAUUGUCUGUCUGGGAGGCGAUGGCACUCUGCUGUAUGCCUCCCUGCUCUUUCAGCAAUCGGUGCCACCUGUGAUGGCCUUCCACUUGGGCUCCCUGGGCUUCCUCACACCCUUCCGCUUCGACAACUUCGAGGAGCAGCUCAUCAGUGUCCUGGAGGGUCACGCUGCCCUCACGCUUCGCAGUCGUCUGCGCUGCGUGAUGCAUCGCAGGGGCGAUAGGAAGCAUGAGGCAAAGACCCAGGAGGUGGACCCGGAUGGAGAUGCUCGACCGGCGGCCAACAGCAUAUUGGUGCUUAACGAGGUGGUCAUCGAUCGGGGUCCCUCGCCGUAUCUCAGCAAUAUUGACCUGUUCCUGGACGGCAAGUACAUCACGUCGGUGCAAGGUGAUGGUCUGAUUGUAUCGACGCCCACGGGGAGCACGGCCUAUGCGGCAGCGGCUGGUGCCUCCAUGAUCCAUCCCUCCGUGCCGGCCAUCAUGGUGACCCCCAUUUGCCCGCACUCGCUAAGCUUCCGACCCAUCGUGGUGCCAGCAGGGGUCGAGCUGAAGAUCUCAGUUUCCCCCGAGAGCCGCAACACCUCGUGGGUCAGCUUCGAUGGACGCAAUAGGCAGGAACUCUUCCAUGGCGACAGUCUCCGCGUUACCACCUCCAUCUAUCCGGUGCCCUGCAUCUGUGCCCAGGAUCAAAUAUCCGACUGGUUCGCCUCCCUCGCCGACGGAUUGCAUUGGAAUGUGCGAAAGCGGCAGAAGUGCCUCGACGAGCUGUCGGAUCUCACGGCUUCCGGAUCGGAGGACACGCUGGACGAGAUCGAGAAUAUGAAAUUGUACGAUGUGUAGUGCGUAAGUCCCUGUUGCUUAUCGUAGGCUAGGGCUUUUAGUAGUAGUCUUAGUCCUUUGCCCAUGCAAAAAGUCUUUAUUUAGUGUGUAAUUUAUUAGUAUUCGAACAAAUGGAUAAAGCACAUUUCGCCCAAAACUCUUAAAAAGGGUUUAAGCUUCUAAGUAAUGCUGAAAUAUUGUACAUUUCUGCUAGUUAAAAAUGAAUGCUGCUUGUAAAACUUAAACAUAAUCCGAAUCUUUUGAAAAAUGUUAAAUUAUAAAGCACUUUUUAUUAUAAUAUAAUACAUAAUUAAUACCAUUAAAUACUUGUUAAUUCUCCUUGUAUUCUGCAAUAG